AUGAUCUCAAUCACUUCCACUGAAUUGAACUACUUAGUCUUCCGUUACCUUCAUGAAUCAGGUUUUACUCAUUCUGCAUUUGCAUUCGGGCAUGAAGCAGGAAUUGAUAAAUGCAAAAAUGAUGAUAAUGUGGCUCCACCGGGUGCUCUUGUUACUUUCAUCCAGAAAGGAAUUCAAUAUCUUGAGCUGGAAGCCAACCUGAGUGGUAGUGAUGCUGACAUGGAUGAGGAUUUUUCGUUUCUACAACCUCUGGACCUUAUCACAAAGGAGCCCAAUGAACUGCAUAAUAUGGUUAAAGCCAAAAAGGAAAGUCUACGUCAACGUAAAUCUGAAUCGAAUAAAAUAAUGAAUAACUCGAGCCAUGACAACGCACGGGAGGAACAUGUUCAGGAAAGAGAGAAGGAGAGGAAAGAAAAGGAAAAUUAUCAGAGACUGGAAAAAAAAAGGUCAGAGAAAGAGAAGGAGCAACCAAAGGAUGAAUGUAAAGAAACACAACAUACCGAUCAAAACCAUACAGAGAAACAUGAAUAUAAGAUUACUGUUGAAAAUCUAGAUAAUACAGCACGUGGAGGGCCUGAGCCGAUGGAGGUUUCACAAAGCCACAUGAUGUUAUCGAUUGAUGAUACUCCAUGUGAUGAUGUAAAAGUUUUGAAAGGCCAUACAUCAGAGGUUUUUGCCUGUGCAUGGAAUCCAUCAGCUCCACUUCUUGCCUCUGGAUCUGGAGACUCAACCGCUCGAAUUUGGAAAAUUGCUGAUGGACCUUGUGACUGUAGUGUACAAAAUGAACCAGGGAAUGUUGUUGUGCUGCAACACUUUAAAGAAAACUCAAAUGAAAAAAGCAAGGAUGUGACAACACUUGAUUGGAAUUGGGAUGGAACACUGUUGGCAACCGGUUCCUAUGAUGGCCAAGCAAGAAUAUGGAGUAGUGAUGGGGAGUUGAAUAGUACACUAAACAAGCACAAAGGUCCAAUAUUUUCUCUGAAGUGGAACAAGAAGGGGGAUUAUCUUCUUAGUGGAAGUGUGGAUAAGACUGCCAUUGUGUGGAAUAUAAAGACUGGGGAAUGGAAACAACUAUUUGAAUUUCACAAUGGUCCAACUCUUGAUGUUGAUUGGCGAAACAAUGUUACAUUUGCUACAUGCUCCACUGAUAAAAUGAUACAUGUUUGCAAAAUUGGAGAGAAUAGACCUAUCAAAACUUUCUCAGGACAUCAGGAUGAAGUUAAUGCCAUUAAAUGGGAUCCAACAGGUUCUUUGCUGGCUUCCUGCUCCGAUGAUCACACUGCAAAAAUAUGGAGUCUAAAGCAGGAUAACUUUUUGCAUGAUUUAAAGGAACACGUCAAGGGGAUAUAUACAAUCAGAUGGAGCCCUACAGGCCCUGGUACCAACUGUCCCAAUCAGCAGUUAGUGCUAGCAAGUGCCUCUUUCGACUCAACAAUAAAGCUAUGGGAUGUGGAACUAGGGAGUGUACUCUACAGCUUAAAUGGACACAGGGAUCCUGUAUAUUCCGUUGCAUUCAGCCCUAAUGGGGUGUAUCUUGCCAGUGGCUCGAUGGAUAGAUACGUGCAUAUAUGGUCCGUGAAGGAAGGCAAGAUUGUAAAAACAUACACAGGAAAAGGGGGGAUAUUUGAAGUUAAUUGGAGCAAAGAUGGUGAUAAAAUUGCUGCCUGUUUUUCAAACAAUAUAGUCUGUGUUUUGGAUUUCCGAAUGUAA